UUUUUAUUUAAAUUUCGCGUGUUUUGUUCGUAUUGUCCAAAUUUUUUUAGAUUUGCCUAAUAUUUUUUUUAGAUUAAUCAUCUAUCACGAUAAGAAAAGUUUAAAAAAUAAAAAAUUAGGACCAAAAGUAAAAAAAAAAAAAAAAAAAAAAAAAAGCUCAGUAUGAAACAAUAGACUUUUUUUUGUCUAAACUAUCAUCAUAUACGAAUUUUUUCAACAUUGAUCUAUGUUUUUAUACUUAUUCGAUUCAUUUGACGAAUAAUUAAUGUUAAAAAUUAUAGUAAAAAUUGAACAAAAAAUUACGAAAAAUAAAAACUACCAAAAAAAAGUUAUGGACAAAAAAUACUACUAGUUUAUUAAAAAUUAACAAAUCAAGUUAUAGCCGUGAAAACUUUCAAUGCAAUGAUAAUUUGUAAUGUCUCUCUCAUAUGGUGUGAGACUUAUACAUGCAUAAAAUCUACAUCUUGUGAGAGGACGUUACAAAUAAUCGUUGUAUUGAAGAUUUUUUCGUACCAUAGCGGAUAGCAUAGAGAGUCCAAAACGAAUAUUUCCACAUUUUCAUAGGAUUAAGUCGGCAGUAUUUUUGUCAUUUUUAUUCUCAGUAUCUAGUAGUAAUUAUUAUAAUGUCAAAUUUUAAUUUUGAGAGGAAAAAAGAGCUUUUCUUUCUUGCAUCCCAAACAAGACAUACUGGGUCUCAUCUUCUAGACACACCAUUAUAUGUAUUCAGCUGUUUCUUUCUCCUCCUCUCAGAUUUCGUCGCUGCGAAGGCACAAAACGUUCUUCUUCUGCUCUUCUUCCCCCGUUGAAAAUCCUUUGAGAAAUGGAAGCGAAGAUUGGGAAAUUCUUCGAGUCGGUGGGCAGCUUCUUCACCGGCGGCGACCACAUCCCUUGGUCCGAUGGCGACAUCGUUGUCGGUUGUGAACGAGAGGUUGCUGAGGCUGAGAAAGGUUCCUCUGAUGAGCUUAAGAGUGAAUGUAUCAUGAGGUUAUCGUGGGCUCUUGUUCACUCAAGAAGACCAGAAGAUGUGCAGCGUGGGAUUGCUAUGCUUGAAGCUUCUCUGUCUGGUGUUUCCAGCCCACUGCAAAUGAGAGAGAAACUUUAUCUCCUGGCUGUUGGAUAUUAUAGAAGUGGGGACUAUUCAAGGAGCCGGCAGCUUGCUGAGCGUUGUUUGGAGAUUGCACCUGAUUGGAGGCAAGCUCUAACCCUUAAGAAAGCAAUUGAAGAUCGGAUUACAAAAGAUGGAGUAAUAGGAGUUGGCAUUGCUGCAACUGCUAUAGGACUAUUGGCUGGUGGGAUUGCGGCGGCUGUGUCUCGCAAGAAAUGAUAUCAUGCUUUAUUAAACCGUUGUAACAUCAAAACUCACUGGAGUUACCAUCCUGUCCCCGAACCCAUGUUGAAUUUCUUCUAAUCUCCUCAUGUUUUGCUUUCUGCCAUGUACAAAGAUUGAUGGUUUUGUUCUAUGACGUGCAAAUAUUGAUGGUUUACUUUCAUGUAUAGCAUGGAUAGCUAAGAACCCUGUUUCCAUCAGGAUGUGCUUAAUCUACAUUUGACGGAUCUAGCUAUCUAGUCA